UCCACCUCCUCCUCCCCCUCCACCUCCACCUCCACCUCCUCCCCUUUCACUAUCUGGACACCCAGGUCCAUCUAUACCUGUUAAUUCAACAACUCAUCCUCUUCCACCGCCCCCUCCCCCUCCUCUACCUGGUUACCUGGCACUGGUCCCACCAAAACCUCCUCCUUUACCAGGAUUUGCAAGUUCACUGCUUCCUCCACCAGCACCACCACCACCACCACCACCACCACCUCCUCCUCCAGGCUGCGGUCCCCCUCCUCCCCCUCCUCUAUCAGGAACCAUCUGUGUUGCCCCAGAUGCUCCAGGAGCGCCGGGUUCCCUGCCCCCUCCACUGCCCUUGGCUCUGUAUUCUCUGGCUUUAACACAGGAGAAGCUUCCCAGGAAAGCUGUGGUGGAGCCACCCAGACCCAUGAAGCCCCUAUACUGGACCAGGAUUCAGCUCUAUGCCAAGAAACAGGAAACUUCAUUACUGGUGUGGGAAACAAUUGAAGAGCCCAAAGUGGAUUUUGAAGAGUUUGUGGAACUGUUCUCCAAGACAGCUGUAAAGGAAAAGAAGCAACCACUAUCUGACACCAUAACCAAGUCCAAGGCAAAACAGGUUGUUAAGCUUCUAAAUAAUAAGCGCUCUCAGGCUGUUGGGAUUCUCAUGUCUUCUUUGCAUCUCGACAUGAAAGACAUCCAGCAUGCCAUCUUGAACUUGGACGACAACGUUGUGGACAUGGAAACCCUCCAGGCGCUGUAUGAAAUUAGGGCGCAACAGGAGGAGCUGGACAAGAUUGAAAAGCACAUAAAAUCCUCUAAAAACAAAGAGAAUGCCAAGCCUCUGGACAAACCUGAACAAUUUCUCUACCAGCUCUCUCUAAUCCCAAACUUCUCAAGCAGAGUAUUCUGCAUCCUCUUUCGAUCUAGCUUUUCUGAGAGCAUGUCAUCUAUCACAAGGAAAUUGAACAUACUACACAAGGUGUGCAAGGCUCUACAGGACCGUGAAACAGUAAAAAAUAUUCUAGGUCUAGUUUUGGCCUUUGGUAAUUUCAUGAAUGGAGGCAAUCGAACCAGAGGUCAAGCCGAUGGCUUCACACUUGACAUCCUGCCAAAACUCAAAGAUGUCAAGAGCAGUGAUGGAACCAAAAGUCUUCUGUCUUAUAUUGUAGCCUACUAUCUCAAAAACUUUGAUGAGGAUGCUGGCAGAGAGACGUGUGUGUUUCCGCUUCCUGAACCUCAUGACCUGUUCCAAGCUUCACAGCUCAAGUUUGACGAUUUUCAGAAAGACCUGGCUCAUCUCAAAAAAGACUUGAGAGCAUGUACAUCAGAAGUGGAAAAGGUAUGCAAAGUGUCAGAUGAGGAUAACUUGCAACCUUUUAAAGAAAAUAUGGAAGACUUCCUUGUACAAGCUAAAAGUGAGCUGGAGACCCUGGAUACUCAACUUGGCAGCACUCACAAACUGUUCCUGGACCUUACAGUGUUCUACUCAGUGAAACCUAAGGCAGGAGAAAAGGAGAUUUCACCCAACACAAUCUUCUCCGUCUGGCACGAGUUCUCCUCUGAUUUCAAGGACCAUUGGAAAAAAGAAAACAAGGUUAUUCUCAAAGAGAGGCUAAAAGCAGCAGAAGAGAACUUCCGACAAGCCAAGGAGAAGGCUUCCUACAGUGUCAAACCCAAACAUGCUUCUGGCAUUAAAGCAAAGCUUGGCACGAAGAUGUAGCUCACUCCAAUGACGGUCACCCGGAAAAAGUCAUCAUUUAAAUUGUGAGAAGGGAAGAGCCAAGAUGAGAUGAUGGAACUUAAUGUGUUGCUGAGCCCAAUUCAAACAUUCUAUUUCACUCUUGUAUGAUCACUUUUGGCUAAAUCACUUUAUUGCUUUGGAUGGUGGUUGACCUCAGUUUAGUCAUGGAAGGAUUCUGUCUGUGCAACAAACAAAAUAUACAUUUUGAACAUUUUUUUGAUUCUCCAGUGUUAAAUAAAUAAUACAGUUUGAUUGCUAAAGACUUGUAUCAUGGAUGGUACAAGUCAUGAUAUACAGAAUGCAUGUUCAUGGAAAUGAUUCGUAUCUAAAAUGUAAUAAAGAAAAUGUUUGUCUUUUUAGAAUCUUCCUUGACUGUUCUAAGCUAACAAUGAUUUAGUGGCUGUCAUUGUAUUUUGAAGUGUUUAGUUUUGACCUGUUUUUAUUAUUUUUUUGUAACAUAAUUAAGCAGCUGUGGUAGCUUGGUGGUUAUUGUUGCGGUCUUGUAACCCUGAGUCUGCACAUUUGAAUCCAGGUUGUUCUAGAAAGGACAUCAAUCAAUUGCCAAAUCUGUCAUGUGAUUUCAUGAUGGCAACCGCUGAAGAAAAGAGUAGAACAAGAAAACAAGAUUUUGGUGUAAUAUAUUUUCUGAAGAUGUUAAAAUUUGACUGUAAUUUUUUGUAAUUAUUAUUUUUUGUUUCAGACCUUUAAAUGUUUUAGCUGAUUUUCCUUCUAAGGAAAACAUUUCACAACCUCCUAAAACAUUUUGUCCCUGUGAUGGACUUGCGACCUGUCUGAGGUGUACCCCGCACCUCCCACUGUGACUGCUGGAUAUGGGCACCAGUGACUCCAGUGACCCUGAAAUGAAGAAGCGGGUAUAGAUGGAUGGAUGGAUGGAUGGAUGGAUGGAUGGAUGGAUGGAUGGAUGGAUGGAUGGAUAGAAAACAUUUCACAUGAUUCUUUUUUAAGCAACAAUUACAAACUCCCCUGACCUGAGCACUCGCUUCAGAUGUUAUCAUCCAUUAAAUGGACGUUAUUAGUCGUUAGCAUGUCCAUGGAAUGGCUUUCAGAAUGUCCUGACUGUGGCUCCUAGUGGGUUCUCCAUCCCAUAGACUGAUAACGUCAGAACCUACGGUAGUAUGAGGCGUAAAGCCACUAAGAUUUUUUAUGCAAUCUGGUUAAAAUGAGGCAUAAAACCAUUAAGGUUAAUAUGAGGCAUAAAGCCAGUAAGGUUAAUUUUAGAGAAAAUGGUCAUGGCCUUCAAUAAAGUAGAUCAUUGUUGCAGGCCCAAUAUAGGGCAACGGGCAGAGCACAGGACCAGAGAGUGAGAGUGCCAGGAAUGAGACCAGGCACGGUCAGCAAGAAAACAGUGAGAGACACCCCACCCCCACCCCGGACCAAAAAUGAAUGAAAAUAUGUUUUGGUUAUUUACACAUUCAUUGUCAUUGAUAUAUUAACCCACCUAGGGGGCAGUGUCAAGACAGUAUGAAACCAUUCUAUGGGACUGAUAACCCGCUAGAAGGCACAGUCGGGACAGACUGAAGCCAUUCUAUGGGACUGAUAACCGCUAAUAAUGUCCAUUUAAUUGACUGAUAACAUCAGAAUCCGCUGACCUGAGAGUCAUUUUUGGCUGUAUAAAAAAAUCUCUUGGAUCAGCAUCACAACAGAAUCAACAAAUUAAAUGGUUUCAUUGUCACCAAAAAAAGACAGACUUUUUUAUGAUCUUGGUAUUUUUCUCUUACAUGAAAAUACAACAAACAUUAGAAACCUGCAUUUGCCAUGAAUCACAGAUAUAUCUGGAUCCUGCUUGAGAAUGCUAUGUGUGAUUUUAAAAAUAAUCACUUUAAUCAUAACCAUUGUCAAAAGCUUGUCUUAAAGUUUAUCACUGGCUUAACCCCAAAGGCUUAAAAGCCUAUCACUCCCUCCAUGACAAGUUAUUACAUCAUGGCUGGACUGUGGUAAAUUUGAAAAACCUCCAAGGUUUCCUCUAGGAUUUUUUUAAAAACUAUGAUGGUGGGUUGUCAGUGGGGGGUUGACUCUAAACCUGUUCUAUGUGGUUUGGUUAUUUCCGUCCAUUUUGUGUCACAGCCAUUUUCCCUGUGCUUAAUUUUUUCUUCCCUCUCUUCUUCCUCACCAUGCUCACCUGUGUAGAAUGAUGAAACCUCCUGUUCUGCCUUUCCACUUUCCUCCCCUUCAAUCACCUCCUACUCCUACAAGCUUGUGUACUUGUCUAAUAUAAUUAGGAAGUGUUAGAUUUGUUUCAAUCACCAAUAUCAUGCAAGGAAUGUUAGGAAUAUUUAAAUAUUACACCUGUCAUGGUACAGGUCAAUAUCAUUUCUGUAUUCCUCAGAACUUGAAGGAACUGGGUCACAAUAAACAGGGUUGUACAGUA